AUUGAUGUCCUCGUCCCAGGUGAAGACUCAAAAAUUGUGGAAAGAAAUGAACCAGACGCUAUAGGUCGGACAAAGCGCUGGAUUUUAUCAAGUGAAACUGAUGUGGGUCAAGUUUUGACCACUUAUAGAUACCAAAUCCCUGAGUCGCAAAAGUGUAUUGAUCCUAUUUACUGGGGAAUCCUCGACCUCACCGGGUCUCACACAGAAACAAAGAAACUCUUCACUACGGAAGAUUGGAAUGAAAUGUUAAAAAGCUUCGAGGACGAAAUUGAAGUUAUUGAAGAGGAUAUACCCGACGCUGUAUAUCUAUUUUUUGAUGAAAUUGAUGAGAUAAUAAAGACUGAUGGGAAGAAUGAGGCUAUUGUAACGGCAAUUGACGGGAUUUCCUUGCAAGAAUUAGAAGCAAAACACAAGAUCACACUCAGUGAACGCGAUAAAGCCUACAUGAUCGAAGUCAAAAGGGCGGUCUUAACAUAUGCCGAGAACUUGGCCGGUGUUGAUCUGCCGGUUUCAGAGUCUGCUUAUGACAAUUUAUUUACAAAUAUGCUCAUAAGAAGAUUUCUCGAUAAUACCGAACUGAAAAUGGACUCGGGGGAGAUCUGCUCCUGGGCUUCAGCUCAACGACGUAACGAAGGUCGUUCAAUUACACUCCGCGCUCGGGUGGGACAAAAAUGUGACUUUAGGGGAACAUUAAAGCAUAGUAUAAAUAAAUUAGAAGCGAUAACAGGACUCCGAAGUGGUGGUCUGCCAGAACCACAUCGUAAAAAGAUUUUUUUGGACUCACUUGACUUAUCCAUAACUAUGAGAGAUAUCCUACAUGCAUUUUUUAAAUCUAAUGCAAACUCCCCAGAUGAAGAUUUACAUAAAAUAUUUAUUCUCGGAGUCCAAUCAUGGGGGACAAACAUUUGUAGGUAUGGAAAGUUGUGUACAACAGCAUUGCCCAAUUCUAUAAGAACGCUUGCAUGUUUAGAAAAAUUUUACAUUGAAAUGAAAAAUGUCAAGCACAUAGAAGAAAGCGAAAAGGAAAAGACCGGGAAGAGCAUGCCAAUGUUGAUAUCGGAGGCUGUUUUGGAAAAAUUACCGGAACACCUACUUCAAAAAAGUCACGAACAUUAUAAUAUGGUUCUUCAGUUUAACUUUUACUUUUUUAUAUAUAUUUGCAUUAAGUAGUUAGCUUGAUUAAGCAAAGUUUUCAACAAAUGAAGUUUUAAGUCGCAUUAUUUUUAUAAUAUGUAUUUGAACUGAACUGUGUGAUUGUCUCAUCCAAAUAUGACAUAUGGUCUAUUGUUUGCAAUCCAUCUCAUAGGAGGGUGUUUAGCGUUGGAUUUGUAUGAUUGCAUUACUAACCUACUGCUUCAAAACAAUUCCAAAUGGCCAAACCUUUCUUUAAAAAAAUAGGGGAGGCCUCGCUAAUGACAACCGGACCACAUCAGCAAGACUAAAUUCUGCCUCUGCAGAAAAAUCUCUUGGUGUUGUGCUUGGCAAAGUGGGCAUGACAUAGCGUGGCAUAAUUGUCUGCUCUCAUGUCCUCCUAUACAUUGACAAUGUAGCUACUUGCUCUCUGGAAGUGUGCCAGUUCCGAAAGUUUAGUUCUACUUGUUAGUAUUUUC